GACGGUCGAUUUUACCUCCUCAGUCAGGCCCGCCAAUGGAUGUCAGAUAGAAUUGAGCGGCGUGUAGAUAUAAACAUGGAGAAAAAUGUCGGGUCACUACAGGAGCAGGCCCUGAAGAGAAAAGAGAGGCUAAAGGCACUAAGAGACAAACAGCUUCAUGGCCGAGAGGAGGAGGAGGGGGAGCCAGAGAGCAAAAAAGCUUCACUUGAGGAGACCACUGAGGAGAGGCACAGAGAGCUGAAGCUGAGGAAUUACACGCCAGAGGAUGAAGAUCUGAAGCAGAGGCAGGUGCCCAAAGCCAAACCUGCAUCAGUGGAGGAUAAAGUAAAAGACCAGUUAGAGGCCGCUAAUCCAGAGCCCAUAAUUGAAGAAGUGGAUUUGGCCAACCUUGCCCCAAGAAAACCAGACUGGGAUCUAAAGCGUGACGUGGCAAAGAAACUGGAGAAGCUGGAGAGGAGAACACAGAGAGCCAUCGCUGAGCUCAUCCGGGAUCGUCUCAAAGGCAGCGAGGAUGAAUUGGCCGGAGCGGUGGGAGCAGUAGGAGAGGAGGACGGAGACUCGGACUGAACCCAAGAUGCAACAGAUUUAAAAGAAGGAGACUUCCAAGAGGGAUGUCCGGUUUACUGCGACUGCACUGUCACAUCAGUGUUGUGCUCAGAGAGACUUUGAUCUCUACUGGGAGUAAAAUAAUGUUCUGUCAGGUCUUCAUACUUCCUGCAUUGUGUCAUUGUAUUAUUACAUAAAUAUGUGGCAGUACAUUGACGUUAUGUGAUAUAUUGAGGUGCAUUGUUGAUGUAAGCAAUAGUUUGUUGUAAUUUUUUAUAUUUUCAAGUAAAAUAAUAAGAAUUUUUCAAAUUCC